GUCUGUCCUAUGGUUGCUUCAGUAGGGCUGAUGUUUGCUGUCCGGGGGAAAUGGAUACUGGGCUUUGUGGUGAACGACAGGCCUUCUAAUCAAAGCCACCACUUCCCUCCUGUUUGUUUGCGCUAUCAGCCUACAGGCCACAUUCCCUCCACUAGGGGUUACGCUUGGCUACUCUAUGUCAGUGAGGUCAGAGGUUCACAGGACUGGAAAGUGAGAGUGACAUUCCAGCCGGGAGAGUCAGAUAUACAAGCUCCUUGGCUUGAAAGUGUACAGGCUGUAAAUAGCUGCUGGACCUGGGAGUCAGGGGAUCAACAGGGUAUAAUCAGAGAGAGUGGGGGUGUUAUUGGAGAUUGAGGAGGGGGGCAGUCAAUGAGCUUUGGAGUUAUUUUGGGAAGGAUUUUGGUUAGAUGUUCUACUGGACCCAGUCUGUGUCUUUUGAUUUUAGCUUAGCACGACUGGGAGGCUCACAUGGAGAUCAACAAGAAAGAGGAUAAAGGAGAAGAUGACACCGCAGGCCCUGAGGGGGAGAUGACAAAGGAGGAUGUUUCAGAGCCUGUUGAAGGCGACACGGUCCUGGGCUGCCGCGCUAGACUCUCUUCUCAUCAGCGGCCAGUGAUCCACCAGGUGGCCUCUGCACCCAUGCCCAGUGACUGUGAGUUCUCCUUCUUUGACCCCAGUGAGCCGCAAUGCAGGGAGGUUCUGUUGGAUCCCAGCACCACCAUACCAGAGCUGUUUGCUGUCCUCAGGCAGUGGGUGCCCCAGGUUCAGAAGAACAUUGACCUCAUCGGCAAUGAGAUCCUAAAGAGAGGCUGUGCUGUGAAUGAUCGAGACGGUCUGACAGAUAUGAGCCUCCUGCACUACUGCUGCAAGGCCGGAGCCCCAGGCAUUGGCGAUGCAGACACGGCAGCGAGCUUUGCUCGGCAGCUCCUCGCCCUGGGCGCGGAUCCAAACCUUCGUUCACGGUGGACUAACAUGAGGGCUUUGCACUACGCUGCGUACUUCGAUGUGCCCCAGCUUAUCCGUGUGGUGCUGCAGGCAUCCCAGCCUGGAGAUGUUGAUGCCACCUGCAGUGACUUUGAUUUUGGCACAGCUCUGCACAUCGCCGCAUCCAACCUGUGCACAUCAGCUGUCAAGUGUCUCUUGGAACUGGGAGCCAAUCCUGCUUUCAGAAAUGAAAAAGGGCAGUGUCCAGCAGACGUGGUGCCUGAUCCCCUCGACAUGCCUCUGGACAUGGCUGAUGCAGCAGCCAUGGCCAAGGAGCUCCGGACUUUGCUGAGACAAGCAUUACCCAGACCCAGCUCCCCUCUGCCCCUCACCCUGAAAGCCCAGUCCCUCCCUGCUCUCUCUGAUAAGGCCAGGAUACAGCUCGCCUCCAUGGGAAUCCGUCUAGGUGACCGUGUGAUUAUAGCUGCACAGAAGGUUGGAACUCUGCGGUUCUGCGGCAGCACCGAGUUCUCCGGUGGCCUGUGGGCCGGAGUGGAACUGGACAAACCAGAAGGGAAGAACGAUGGCUCGGUAGCAGGUGUUCAGUAUUUCACCUGUCGAAACAAACAUGGAAUUUUUGCUCCACUGUCCAAGAUAAGCAAACCUUUGGAAAGACAUAAAACCAGCACUACAAAGAAGUCCACACCCGUGCGUCCCCCUCGUCGCAUCGACCUGUCCCGGAUUACUUCCAAGAUUAACACAGGUUUGUCUCCUUCUGUUAAAAACACACCUGAUAAUCAAAAAAGUCCAUCUGGUCCUCAUCAAGACACAGAGGGCGACACCUCAAUCAUAAAGACAGGCGUCCUCUCCCGCUCUCUCUCCUCUUCGUCGUCUUCCCUGGACUCUCGACAGGGACCGGGCGCUCGACCCCGUCCGCUGCCCAGGCAACGGCUUCCUGCCAGGCAACGAAGGGAGCGUGUUUCCCCGAGUCCCAGAACAACACCUUCACCAGCCCUCCGCUCUUCUGCUGGCACCACAGCAGUUAAUACCGCAGGUUUUCGAAGCCGAACCCCCUCAGGUAGCAGCUCCCUGUGUGAUGGCUCUGAGGUGCGCCUCGGGGAGAGGGUGCUGGUAGUCGGUCAGAGAACUGGUGUGGUCCAGUUCUACGGAAAAACCAACUUUGCUCCAGGACUCUGGUUGGGCAUCGAACUGGACAAGCCGAGCGGUAAAAAUGAUGGGUCAGUGGGAGGAGUGAGAUACUUCACCUGUCCACCAAAACAUGGAGUCUUUGCUCCUCCGUCUCGCGUUCAGAGAAUCCAUGGAUCUGUUGAUUGCCUUUCAGAGCUCACUUCCUCGCGCCUCAGUCAUCCUCUAAGUGGGACAAUUCGUCGCAGUUUCAGCACAUCAUCGGCCAUCGCCACUCCGAAGGAGACGAACAGAAGAAGCCCCGUUACCAGGAGUCGUUCCAAUCCUCACCGCCGGCGCUGGAGCACCCUCAGUGGGGGCAGUGGAAGUAUUCCUGGAAGCACCGCAGGCUCAAGUCCCUCUCCAAGCUCUGAUGGACAGGUCCACCUCCACGUGGGCAUGCAGGUCCUGCUGAGCAGCGCCAAUGAGAUGGCAAUCAUCCGUUACCUGGGCACAGCAGACUUUGCCCCAGGCCUUUGGCUGGGUCUGGAGCUCCGAAGCCCCAAGGGCAAGAAUGACGGCUCAGUGGGCGGCCGUCGCUACUUCAGCUGUCGGCCCGGCCACGGUGUGCUGGUCCGCCCCAGCCGUGUCACUUAUCGUGGCAUCAAUGGUUCACGCUUGGUGAAUGAAACCAGCUGAGGUCUGUAGGACGCUUUCUGUUUAUGAUCCGCUCAAAGCAAAAAAUUUGGGGUGUAAACUUCUCCAUCAUUGCAUUGUGCUCAAUAAUGUUUUCAGUCAUGUGCUGUUGUAACAGGAAUAAAACCAGUUAGUAAGUACGUAUUUUUUAGGAAUUAAAGGGGACUUGAAAGCACUUUAAAAAGUUAACUUUAAAUUCUAAAUAGAAUUUGUUUGGCAAAAUGGGUAGGUGGGUGAGGGGGUCUUAAUAAGACAUUAAACACUGCACUACUUUAAAUGUGAUUGCACUGACAAACAUUACUAUGAUAGAUUAGGAUAGGAUAAAGUGGAUGUUACGCAUGUCCACGAGUGAAAACGUUUUCUAUACCCAAAGCUAAUUUUGAUCACAUCAAAUGAGAUUUUUAUCAGAUAAUUUAAGUGGUAACAGAGUCCACUAUCUAACCAAAAGAGUGCAUGCUUUGUGUGUGUAUGUGCGCAUGUUAAUUAAGAGCACUUUGAAACAAGAGAGAAUGAUUGAUUUUUACCACGAUCGCUAUAUGGCUUACAGAUAAUUGGCGGAUACCAAAUCUAAACUGAAUAUUCACUUUAUGAAUCAAUGAGAAUUAAAAAAGAGAUUUAAUUAAGCUCAGACCUCCAUCAACCUCUGUUAAAAUACAGCUGCAUCAACAGGAACUGUUUCCUCCUGUGUGCAUCAGUGUCCCCCUCAGACUGUCUAUUAAUUUGACACAGACAAAUGAUGGUUGUGUUGUGCUAUGGCACAGCAAAAAUCUAUACCCAUUUGACUGUGAUUCCAUUAUGGUUGGCAUCAUACUGAUAACACUUCUAAAGAAGUGAUGGUAUUUGGAUAGAAUAUGACAUAGAAUCAGAAGCUGAGUGUUCUCUUAAAAAGUGCAUUAACUGCAGAUGGGAACACACGAGAUGAGUCAAAAGCAGAUUUUAAAGAGACCUUUCACAAUGAAAUUUUAUGUAUGGUUGCUCUGGACUGUAGUGCUAUUUAUUCAUCGUCGAUGUUUCUUUAAUGCUUGUUGGCCAGUUUCGCAGAUAAUGGCUAUAAAAGUGUCUCUUAAAUAGGAUGGAAGUAGAUGGGACUUGCCCUGUGAUGCUUAAAAUGCCAAAUAAUGUACAUCUGAAAAAUGCUGUUUCCAGAAAUCAUUCCAGAAACUGUACAGUAAGAGUCGUUCAUUCACCUGUUACUAAAGGCCAUCCUGUGACAGGAUGUAAACAUUAAUAGUGCCCUCAUCAGUUAAGCCUGUAAUGUUGGCUAUCUGCAUGCUUUCAGUGAUUGGCAAAUGUAGAGAAAGCAUAAAGUACAGCCUGAGAUGACGGCGGCUGAAUCUGUAUAUCUAUUCCUCCACAUAGAUAUACUGUGAGUGUUUCAAAUUAUUCAUGAUGAUUUGUAAGACCGUGCAGUGAUACACGCAUAGUAAAUAUUAUCCCAGCCUUUUCUUUGUUCGGGGAUGUAGAUCUGUACUGCAAAGACACUGAGGUUUGAGUUGGAAAUGCGUAAUUAAAAGUGGUCUCGGAUGCUGCCCAACUAAUGGAAGAGAAUAAGAGUUAAUAAUAUUCAUGAAACUGACCAGGUGUUUGCUCGUAAUUAUUACUGAGUGUUCGUAUUUUCUUCUUUAGUGAUGCAGAAAAA